AUGGGGAAAUUUAAUCGUAUCCUGGAGCCUGGGCUGGCUAUUCUUGUGCCUUUCCUUGACAGAAUUGCAUAUGUGAAGAGUUUGAAGGAAGCUGCCAUUGAGAUUCCGAGCCAGAAUGCCAUCACAGCAGACAAUGUUACUUUGGAGUUGGACGGCGUGCUCUACACUCGGGUCUUUGAUGCUUAUAAAGCUAGUUAUGGCGUGGAAGAUGCCGAAUACGCGAUAUCCCAACUGGCGCAGACGACAAUGAGAUCCGAGAUCGGUCAACUGACUCUCGACCACGUUCUCAAGGAGCGUGCGGUUCUAAACACGAAUAUCACACAAGCCAUCAACGAGGCCGCACAGGAUUGGGGUGUGACCUGUCUUCGUUACGAGAUCAGAGAUAUUCAUGCUCCCGAGGGAGUCGUCGAAGCCAUGCACCGUCAAGUAACAGCCGAAAGGUCGAAACGUGCCGAAAUUCUAGACUCCGAAGGUCAACGUCAGAGCGCAAUCAACAUAGCUGAAGGUCGUAAACAGUCGGUCAUCCUUGCAUCAGAAGCUAUGAAGUCAGAACAGAUCAACAAAGCCAUGGGUGAGGCUGAGGCUAUCCGCCUAAGAGCCGAGGCUACUGCUCGUGGAAUUGAUGCCGUUGCAACGGCCAUCCGGGAGGGACAGGAAGCGGCUAGUGGCGCAAUCAGCCUUUCUGUGGCUGAGAAAUAUGUCGACGCAUUCUCCAAGCUUGCAAAGGAGGGCACCGCUGUUGUUGUGCCUGGUAAUGUUGGUGAUAUGGGUGGUAUGAUUGCCAGUGCCAUGGCAGUCUACGGAAAGGUCUCAGAGGGACAGGCUAAGACGAUUGCUGCAAAAGCCAUCCAAUCUAGUGAGCCAAUCACUGAGCAGAAAACUACAUCCGAUGUGCACACUGCUACAAGCAAAACUACCAGCUUCGAAGAGAGUGAGCAUUCAUCAACCGAUAAUAGCGGGACGGCCCGAAGUGAAGUAGCGGAAAGCGUUCUCGGCGGAUUUGAACAGGCCAGCCACCGAGACCGGUAG